CCUGGCCAGCCCCAGAUGCCUGUUUCCAGGACGUGAACAUGGCCGGCAACACCUACGGCAACUGUGGUAAAGACAGCCAAGGGCGUUAUGUGAAAUGUGACAAGAGGGACGCGAUGUGUGGCAAGAUCCAGUGCCAGAGCUCAGCUAAGAAGCCUCAGGGGACCAACACCGUCUCCAUUGACACCACCAUCCGCUUCAACGGACGGGAGGUGAAGUGCCGAGGCACCUACAUGUACACGGCGAAGGAUGACGAGGAAGACCUCUCUGACCCUGGGCUGGUGAUGACGGGGACAAAAUGUGGAGAUGGGAUGGUUUGUAAAGAUCGCCGGUGCCAGAAUGCCUCCCUUUUUGAGCUGGAAAAGUGUGUUUCCCGGUGCAAUGGCCAUGGGGUCUGCAACAGCAACAAGAACUGCCACUGUGAUGCUGGCUGGGCUCCCCCGUACUGCGAGAAGCCGGGUUUGGGUGGCAGCGUGGACAGUGGCCCUGUGCAGCGCGACAAUCAUGAAGCCAUCUUAGUAACCCUUCUGCUCAUCUUCCUGCUCUUCCUCCCGGCCCUGAUGAUGAGCAUCUACUUUUGGUACCGGCGGGAGAACUCACUCCUGAAUAAAUGGAUAAAGGAGAUGAGGAGGAGGAGCCAGGAGACAUAUAGGAACAAAACCAUCAGUCUGAAGUCAACUGGUGGCCAUCCCAAAGCUGCUUUCACCUUGCGGAAUAUUUCCACCUCCAACCACACUCAUAAAGCAACGCGGGCUGCGUUCCCCUCCAAACCCAGUGCUCACCACCCUGGCUCUCAGCCCGUCAAUGUUGUCCACCCUCUUCGUCCAGCUCCCCAUUCCAUCCCUCCACGCCCAAGAGAACCCAAGCCUGCCAGGCCACCUCCACCAGUCAGCAAGAUGCCCGUGGUCCCCACCAAAACUGUUGUCUCCCAGGCUAAGUUGCCACCUCCAAAGAAACCUCUUCCAAGCAGCCCUGUGAGGACCCCACUGGUUGUCCAGAAGCAUCAGCCCCCACGUCGCCCACUGCCUGGAGGUCCUCUUCUGGCCAAAGAGCUGCCCCCUGCACAUGGACAGACCCUGCUGGUCAUGGUCCCUCCUACCAACUUCAAGGCAUCGAGUAUAAGUGCCACGAGCCACCCCACGAGGCCAUUAAAACCGAUGCCACCUCAAAGGCCAGUUCCAGCCAUCAAAGUUCAAUCAACCUCCUUCCCCUUGAAGAAAUGACAAACCAAGGACACCUUAAGCCCAUCCUUCCUGAGCUGGCUCUCCUGAUUUGCACUGCUGCUGGCCACAGGGGUCUUUUAUUCCUCUCUUGUUUUA